AACUUCCGUAAACAGAAGCACGCGGAAUCAGGAGUUUCGAGGUCUUUCUCGCAGCUUCAAGAUUUAGAAUCAACUGGAAUACACAGAAAUAGACAUGGAUACGGUAUAUAAGGGCGUUACGUGCGACACAGAGAUCAGUUGUCUAAAUUCAAAGACAGAAAUAAGCAAGAAAAAGGUAUUGGCUAGCGAAAAGCGAACCAUACGCUAUACAUUUUCUCAUCGUUUUUAUUCAUCGCAAGUUAAAGUAAAACGACAACAUGCCAGGGAAAGCUCCAGCGAUAGGUAUUGACUUGGGGACAACCUUCUCCUGUGUUGGUGUUUAUCAGCAUGGAAAGGUUGAAAUCAUCGCAAACGACCAGGGCAACCGAACGACACCGAGCUACGUUGCCUUCACAGACAGUGAGAGAUUGAUCGGCGAUGCGGCUAAAAAUCAAGUUGCCCUCAACCCACAGAACACAGUGUUCGACGCAAAGAGACUGAUUGGCCGUAAAUUUGAUGAUCCAGCGGUGCAGGCAGACAGCAAACACUGGCCCUUCAAGAUUGUGAACGAUGGCGGUAAACCCAAGGUUCAAGUUGAAUACAAAGGUGAGACCAAGAAAUGCACUCCUGAAGAAAUAAGCUCUAUGGUUCUCACUAAGAUGAAAGAGACAGCAGAAGCAUACUUGGGUCAGAAGGUCAACGAAGCUGUUAUCACUGUGCCAGCCUACUUUAAUGACUCACAAAGACAGGCCACUAAAGAUGCUGGUGCAAUAGCAGGUCUGAAAGUACUUCGUAUUAUCAAUGAGCCAACAGCUGCUGCCCUUGCUUAUGGACUAGACAAGAAGCUACAGGGUGAGAAAAAUGUCCUAAUUUUUGACCUGGGUGGUGGCACUUUUGAUGUUUCAAUCCUGUCAAUUGCUGAUGGAUCCUUGUUUGAGGUACGCUCUACUGCUGGUGAUACACACCUUGGUGGUGAAGACUUUGACAACAGGAUGGUCAACCACUUCGUACAGGAAUUCAAGCGCAAAUACAAAAAAGACAUCAGUGGUAAUAACAGAGCAAUGCGACGUCUCAGAACAGCAUGUGAGAGAGCAAAGAGAACCCUGUCCAGCAGUUCCCAGGCCAACAUAGAAAUAGAUUCCCUGUAUGAAGGUGUUGACUUUUAUUCCAGCAUCAGCAGGGCCAGAUUCGAGGAACUGUGUGCUGACCUUUUCCGUUCUACUCUUGUACCAGUUGAAAAAGCUCUUUUAGAUGCUAAACUAGACAAGUCACAAAUUGCAGAAAUUGUCCUGGUGGGUGGGUCUACACGUAUACCCAAGAUCCAGAAAAUGCUGAAAGAUUUUAUGAAUGGAAAAGAACUGAACCAGUCCAUUAACCCAGAUGAGGCUGUUGCUUAUGGAGCUGCAGUCCAGGCAGCCAUAUUGACUGGAGUCCAGGAUGACACUGUAAAAGAUGUGUUGCUCAUUGAUGUUGUGCCUCUGUCACUGGGUAUUGAAACAGCUGGAGGUGUCAUGACAAACUUGGUCACCCGCAACACACGUAUUCCCACCAAGACAUCGCAGAUAUUCACCACUUAUGCCGACAAUCAACCAGGGGUCAGCAUCCAGGUGUUUGAAGGUGAGAGGGCAAUGACCAAGGACAAUCAUAAACUGGGCACAUUUGAGCUAAGUGGCAUCCCCCCUGCCCCCCGUGGUGUCCCUCAGAUUGAGGUGACUUUUGACAUUGACGCUAACAGCAUCCUGCAUGUAACAGCACAAGACAAGAGCACAGGCAAGUCCAACAACAUCACCAUUACAAAUGACAAAGGCAGACUGUCCAAGGAGGACAUUGAUCGUAUGGUCUCCGAGGCAGAGAAGUACAGCAAAGAAGAUGAAAUGCAGCGUGAAAAAAUAGCAGCCAGAAACAAGUUAGAAUCCAUGAUGUUCAGCUACAAGCAGGCUGCUGAAGAUGGAGCAGGCAAGAUUUCCUCUGAAGACAAAGAUGCUGUGUUGAACAAGUGCAAUGAUACCAUGAAGUGGCUAGAUGAUAAUUCACUGGCUGAAAAAGAUGAAUUUGAGUAUCAGCUGAAAGAGCUGGAGAAGGUAUGCUCACCAAUCAUGGCAAAGAUCCAUGGUGCAGGACAGAGGGGAGCAGGAGAUCAGCCUACAGGAGGACCACAUGGUGGCCCCACUGUGGAGGAAGUGGACUAAUCCAGCAGAAAAUCUAGUAUCAUUGCCAAAUGAACUUCUAUUAUACUAUAUAAAAAUACUUUUUUUAACUUACUGAGUUAUACCAAAGAUAAACUUUUGAUAUGAUAAUGUAAAAUCAGAGGAAGUUAUUAUACAAGUAGGAUGUUGAAAAAUUGACUAUUGUAAUCAAAAAGUUGUAUGUAUGGUGUUUGUAAAUUAAUUUAUUUUUGUUACUAUUAUAUUAUUCUAUGUUACAUAACAACAGUUUCUGUUGUUGCUUUAAGAACUGUGAUCUGUACUUAAUCUUUAAUAAGUACAAUUGUGAUAUUUGUUUUCAUUUUCAAUAAAAUUUGAAAAAGAAGAAAUGACUCUUUUUGUUUCAAACUGACAAUAUGAAAGAAUGAAUAUAUUGGAUUUGAUACUUCUGUGUUUUUGUUAAAGCUUUGUUUUUGUCUAAAUUACAAUUUUGGUCAAAUUACACAUUGAUGAAUGGUACACUACAUUAUGUCUUUUUGAUGGUUAAAGCAGAAGAAAUAAGCAGACUUGAUCUGGCCUCUGUUUCACAAAAAAACUUAAGUCGGGUUCCCAGAACUUGGUUACCAACAUAAUUAAGUCCUUACAU